CUCAUCUUUUUGGUCUAACUAGACCUAGUAAUAUUUCUAUGGCGUAAACAAACUAUUAUGCCACCGUACAUAACGAUGGUCAUGUACGUGUUUGUGUACAUCACUUAGAAGAACUCCAUCAUUACUCAACUUCCAAACAACUUACAUGUAGGAGAUUGACUGAAACAUUCUCACCACCUUUUCUGAAAUCAAGACCGCUUCGUCGUCAUGGAUAAAGAAGAUGUGAAGCCACCUCCGGGUCUCUUCCUCGAUGCGCCCGAGACCAGCGGUUCGUCGCCGGUGAGCCCGUCCCCCUCCACUCUCUCCCCGCUCGCCUGCGACAGCAGCCGCAGCGUCGCCAGCGACCCGGCAGCGAACAGCCGCAGUCGUUUCGCGAGCGGGGGACGAGGCUGCGUGGCGACGAACAGGGCGUACGGCGUCACGUCGUCUAGCGCGGCGAUCAAGAACCCGCUGACGACGACGACGUGCGACGCGGCGGCGAGGACCGGUGAGACAUGUCUCGCUUCGUCUCGCCUCGACGCCGAUCCCUGCGAGGCGUACGACGUCGACUCGACGAACAGCGCGACGUUCGGAUGCGGUCAGGAAGUCGGCGUGAAGAAGUCGCCGCCGAGCGGCGGCGCGUCGUCGUGCUGCGUGAAGAACGAGAGCAAGUCGCCGGGGUGCGUCGCGAGUACGUCGCGCGAUCCAUCACCUCCGCCGCUGCAGCCGCAGCCAGAGACGGCAGCGUCACACGCCAAGUUCUCUGCCAUGUCACCAACGAGUACAGUCGACAACAGUUUGGAAGGACGAGAUGACCUUGGCCCUCGACGUCUGUGCCUUGUGUGUGGAGACGUUGCCUCAGGACUUCACUACAGCGUUGCCUCAUGUGAGGCAUGCAAAGCCUUCUUUAAGCGUACGAUACAAGGUGGAAUUGAGUACAUAUGCCCUUCAGGUGGAAGCUGUGAAAUCAGCAAGCAACGCCGGAAAGCCUGCCAAGCUUGCAGGUAUCAGAAGUGCUUGCGGGUGGGGAUGCUCAGAGAAGGCGUUCGGUUAGACAGGGUCCGUGGAGGGCGACGAAAGUACCAGGAUGUGAAGUUUGGUGAUGGCUGUAAACUACCCACUUACUACAAUGCAGGUUUACCACAACAGAUGGCCAUUGAAAGCUCUGGUGAGACAUUCCUACGGCAGCUCAAUGCGAUAGAUUGCAACGAGCGUCUCUACGCCAACGUCGACAGCAACCAGCCAGAGGGUCUUCUCCGGACACUGAGUGCAAUGAGUGAUAUCUCAGAUCGCAUGCUGAGCAACAUUAUCAACUGGGCAAAGAGAGUGCCGGGUUUCAAGGAUCUUGCAUUGACGGAUCAGAUGCUGCUCCUUCAGGCUGGGUGGGGUGAGCUGAUCGUAUUGAAAAUCAUGUAUCUGUCUAUGCCGUACCAAGGGCACAUCAAACUCUGUGAGGAUCUCUGCAUGGAUAUUGAGGUUUUUCGAGCAAUCAACUCCGAGGAGAUGUAUCCAGUCAUGCUGAAGUUUUUGGGCAAGUUUGGCUCGAAACCCUUGACAAAGGACGAAUGUGUAGCUCUGAACGCACUCGUGUUAUUUAAUUGUGGUGAGUAUUUUGAGAGUACUAGCUAA